UGUGUUGACUCUGCCUAGCAGAAAGCUGGGUCCACAGAGGUCCAGAAGGAAUCUCUACUCUCCGUGGCUCCAGGAGAUAAAAAGAAGAACGUGGGUCUCCACACAGAAAUGACCUCCAUGAGGUCUGACACUCUCCAGCACUGCAGCAGAGGAGAGAGCCUGAGGGGGAAUCCCAGAGCGGCAGAAAUAGCAGUGCUUUAUCUGAAGUCCACAAAACCCAACAAUGCAUUCUUGGAAGACAAGAGCCAUGCUCGGCACAGGGAAGCUGGAGGUCAAAGCUCAUGGGGCGGCCCUCCCUCCAUCAGGUGCUGUGGUGCCAAGACAACUUCUUAGUCUCUAUGGACCUCAGGUUCCUCAUCAGUGAGAUCUGGAGCUGAGUCCACAGCCUGAGAAGCCAGAACUGAAGGUGCAGAUGAAGGACGAUGAGCAGCUCUCUGGAACAUGAGAAUGACCCAGAGAAUGACAAGUCCCUGUUGUCCUGCUGUGACACACCAUCAGCAUGGCAGGAUCCCACAGCCCUGCAUCAGAUCCCGUGGCAGAACUGAACGACCUCGAAUGCCAGCAGUUGCGAUCCCAGCUGGCAGAGAGCCAACAGGACUACUGGGAGCUCAAGGAGAAGUUUCUCAUAGCUGAGGCUACAAACUUUGCCCUGGCCAAGGAGCUGAAAAAAUACAAUUGUGAGAAGUUUAAAAACAUCAUUGAGUCCAUACUGACCAAGAAGCUCCACUUUGAGGAGCCGCUGGCAGAGAAGCCCACGGUCCCAGAGCUGCUCAGGCAUUGCCGUGGCAUCCUUGAAGAUCAGGACCAAGAACUUUCCCAGUUGCGUCCCAAGGUCCAAAGGGGGAGAAAUCUAGCCCACAUCCUGCAGCAGUUCCUGAAGGACGUGCGCACCCUGCAUGACCCUGAGACCUGCAAGGGGCAGGGCUUCCGACGACUACUCACCGAGGCUGUCCGGCUGUCAGCGUGCCUUGAGGACCUGCUUGGAGCAGAAAAUAUUGAAGAGGAGGAAACACCAGCACAAGGACUUGUUGCUGACAGGGAGCUCUUGGAAGUGGAUGAAAUGGAAACCGCACAAAGUUCACAGCAGGAAACAUCUACCACUGGUGCUGUUGACCACCUGCCGAGUGACUCCUGCCUGACUGGCCUGACUGAGAGCACUGAGCAAUGGACUGGUGAUGCUGAGGACACCCACAGUGUGCUAGGUGUAGACGGGGAACACGCCUGUUCGCACCAGAAAGAAGAACCUGUCACCGUUCUCCCAGAAAAUCAAUAUGAUGAAGUGGAGGUACAAACGCAAGACGUCACAUACACUUCCAGCAGGGAGCUCCCAGAGCAGCAAGAGCAGGAAGACCCAGACGACGCGCUGGACGAGCGCUACCUCACUCCCUCGAUUUUUCCGGUCAUUGCUGAGCCUGACCAUUCCACGUGGAGCAGCCGGUGCUCCCUGGAGCAUCAGGACGUGCUCUCUGUUCCAGAUGCAGAUGAAAAGGAAAAUGACAAUGAUGACGUGGAAGUGAAAACACAAGCCCUGUCACACACCAGUCUCAUCAGGGAGAUUCCAGAGAUUGAAGAUCAAGAUGUCUCACAAGACUCUCACGAAAAUCAAUAUAAUGAAGUGAAGAUGCAAGAGCAAGAUGGCACAAACACUUCCAGUCUCAUCAGGGAGAUUCCAGAGAUUGAAGAUCAAGAUGUCUCACAAGACUCUCACGAACUGAGUUUGGUUGCUGCUCCUGAGAGGAAGACCCAUUCCCAGCUGGAGGGAGGUCCUCACAAAGAUCUCAUCACCAGAACCUAUGAGAAUCAUAGCAUCAGCCCCAGCGAUGUCCCGAGUUCCCCAAAAGAAAAUGUUAUCAAAGGAAAACGGAAGCCCAGGAAAUGGGAACUGGCCUGCAGGUUCCCUGGCCUGGAGAUGAAGUGCAAACCACAGCCCAUGGAAAGGAAAAUCGCAUGCCAAUUCCCUGGCCUGGAGAUAAAGGGCAAACCACAGACCAACAUGUGGGCACUGGCAUUCAGAUUCCUGGGCCUCCCUGCCUAGGAUCCAGAGAUCCCAAAUACAGUUGGAAGUAUAGAACAGUAUUGCUGAUUGUAACAUCCCCACCUCUUCAAAACAUCUAACACAGGAGCUCCGCUUCAACAGCAACCAGAACACCAAGAACGCAAUUUCAACCCCAUGAACUGCCCUCGGCUAUUUGUAUCCACCAGGCUGCUUCCCUGAGAGCUGGCACCAUCUUCCACCUCCAAUCCGAGCAAACACCUAAGGAGACCCAGGCCUGACUCCACAGCUGCUCCAGAGAGAACACCACCUGGCUCCUCUCCAACUGCCUCCUGUAGAGAUCUGGGGUCAGGAGGAGCUGGAAGCAAACAGCAUAGGACCCUGGGCACACACUGCCUUUGGAUGGGGCGGGCUCGGUGUGGGCAGUGUCAGAGACACAGCGCCCUGCGCACAAGGCUGCGUGUGAGCAGAGGAGAGGAUCGGACUCUGCAGGACGUGGACCCUGACCCAGACAGCUGGCCCUCUCCUUCACACAGCCAGCGUUCCGCAUAGAGGACAGCAGGAGGAGGAGAC